UCACGUGUCCGCGACCGCUGUUGAUUCAUGGGAGCCUGUGGAUCUGCCAAUCCGACUAUGAAGCUGUCAAGCCAACGUGAUGAAGACGGAAUUGAAAUAUUGCCCCUGACUGAUGAAUUGUUUAGUAGCAAAGGUGCUGAACUGAAGAGUAUAUAAAUAGAAGGGGCAGGCCUCCUCGUCUUUAACUAGAAAAGUGUACGAGGGAAGAGUCUUGGGGUACAUGCUCACCGUUCCUUAAUAUUAUACACUGCUGGCGUAUGAUUUACGUAAGAGAGUGAAGAAAAAUAGGUGGCAACAAGAUUUUAUUACCUGGACUCGCUCUGUUUGGUUAAUAUUGGCGUUUAUAGUGCCAAAGCCGAUUCCAUGUCAGCGAGUUGAAUCCAAAGACUGUCUUGCCGUGGCCGUCACGUCUGAGGAAUAAUAAAGUUUGGACUUGGUGGAUUGGGGGAGUUAUAAUGACGGAUACGGAGGAGAACUCCCGGCGAUGUAUUAUGAACAAGACGGAGAGAACAACCGCCAGUACCCCUUUUUCCAUCGAUGCAAUACUUACGAACAGAAUGAAAACAGUAGCAAGCGGUAACAUUAAGUUAAUAACUGCAAGCGUAGACCAAAAAUGCACGGAUCUGAUGGAGUGUCUGACACGUUACCCCCAGAAAGAAUAUUCUAGCCGAGAAGAACCUCCAGCAGAAUCAAGUCACAUUCAACUCUCUGAACGUUUAAAGGUCGAAGAUAAGCCAAUCGAAAAUUCAGAAAAGGUGAAAAUAGACCUAGGAUGUCACGCGGACUCAAACAGGGGCCUAGAUGACUGCAGAAAUUCAUCUGCAGAUAAUACCUCGUCCGAAAACAAGAUGGAGACGAUGGAUUCAGAUCCAUUGGCUGAUUCUAUUAAUAGAAAAGAAUAUUUCGAGGAAAAUGAACACGAAAAGGAAAUUGAGGUUGUCGAUUCUGAGGAAGAUUCACAGUUAUAUUCAGAAAGUGAAGAGUGUCAAAUGGUGUCUGAUGACAUAGAGAUGACUUCUUUAACGGAAAGCCACAUUGCGUCAUCUUGCGUACCAGAAAGUCCUCCCCAGGGCAAAAAUAAACCCCGUAAGAAGCGCUCCAGAGCUGCGUUCUCUCAUGCUCAGGUGUUCGAACUGGAGAGACGGUUCAGUCACCAACGCUACCUGUCCGGCCCUGAGCGAGCAGACUUGGCGGCAGCAUUAAAACUCACAGAAACACAGGUGAAAAUUUGGUUUCAAAACCGCCGUUACAAGACCAAGCGUCGCCAUCUACUACAGGACCACUCACUGCCCAUGCAAGCUAAGAAAGUUGCCGUCAGGGUGCUUAUUAAAGAUGAUCAAAGACUCUACGAUCCCAGUGAAAUACCAAGACCUCUCCUCUUUCCAUCUUUUCCCAUUCCGGGACUCAGUUUCUAUCGCUUCUGAUUUUGACCAUCAGCCAGCAGACAGUUUGUCCACAAUGAAAGAAUCGGUCAUCGCUUAAACGGAGAGUCAAAAGUUAUUCCAAGAAGACCGUUAAAUCUUCGGGAUCAGGAUAUGAUAAAUACAAGGAUUAACCUGUUUUAGCAUUUUUUGUCGAAAACGACGAUAAGAAAAAGAAAACAGCUGUUUUUGAAUGACAAAAAAUUUAGGUUUUACUUGGAGUUAUUCGUACCUGGAGAUAUAUACAAAUAUUCGUUUUGUCUAACAAUUUAACGACUAAUAUAUGGAGGGAAGUAGGACACUUCUAAAAUAUGUUGGGCAUUUUUUUUUAUGAAAGCAUUAUUUAGUUUAUGGGAACUAUACCUAGAAAAGCAUUAAACAUCUAAGACACUAUUAUUAUUGUCAAAAGGUCUGCAAAAAGUAUUUAUUUGCUGUUAAAAACAGAAAUCACUCUAAUCGUACACAUUUACACAUUGUGCUUUUGGUUGUCGAUGUUUUUUUUUAUGUUUUUUUUUCGUUGUUUAUGAUUUCUCGAUGUACUGAACAAGGAUCUGUUUUUUCGGAAUCACAUUAAGUGUUGCGUCACUCUGCCAUACUUGUAUUUGUACAUCUGUAUUCUGUGUUCUGUGUAUAUUUAUAAAACAAUUGGAACCCGUUACUUAGGGCUCAGAGCAGGCUCGAAAAAUAUAUCAACAAUUUGAUAAAUAGUGGCUAUUACUGUACUUGUCAUCUCAAUCCAUACAGAGGCCAUUUUGCACGUACAUUGAAAAUAUGUUUUUUGU